AUGGAACCCAGAGAUGAGAAUGGGAAGGGAGUGAGGAGGAGCGAGAUGGAGGAGCGCCCAGAUUACAAUCUGUUUCAUGUAGCCUUUGUUUUUGUUCAAGCUGAAUUGGUUCAAGGGUUGGAAGACAAUUACUUCGGCAGCAUUGUCAUUUUCACAGUCAUGCACACAGUGGUGUCGAAAAAACGCUUUGUGUCUCUGUCUGGACGUAUUGUCGGAGGUGUGUGGUGGUUCUUCACGCUCAUCAUCAUCUCCUCCUACACAGCCAACCUGGCUGCUUUCCUCACGGUGGAGAGGAUGGUGUCCCCCAUAGAGAGUGCAGAGGACUUGGCCAAACAGACAGAGAUAGCCUACGGAACGCUGGACGCAGGCUCUACCAAGGAGUUCUUCAGGAGGUCCAAAAUAGCCGUAUACGAGAAGAUGUGGUCAUAUAUGAAGUCUGCUGAACCGACUGUCUUCACCAAAACCACAGGCGAAGGUGUGGCGAGGGUGCGCAAGUCCAAGGGGAAGUACGCCUUCCUCCUGGAGUCCACCAUGAACGAGUACACAGAGCAGCGCAAGCCCUGUGACACCAUGAAAGUCGGGGGAAACCUGGACUCCAAAGGAUAUGGGAUUGCUACACCGAAAGGCUCACAGUUAAGAAACGCGGUCAACCUGGCCGUUCUAAAGCUCAACGAGCAGGGCCUGUUGGACAAAUUGAAAAACAAGUGGUGGUAUGACAAAGGAGAAUGUGGCAGCGGGGGAGGGGAUUCCAAGGACAAGUCAUCUCAGGCUCUGAGCCUGUCCAACGUGGCCGGGGUCUUCUACAUCCUUGUUGGCGGUCUGGGCCUGGCCAUGCUGGUGGCCCUGGUCGAGUUCUGCUACAAGUCCCGAGCAGAAGCCAAACGCAUGAAGGUGGACCUUAGCCCCCCCCACUGCCCCAGCCCCUCCCCCAGCACCCAGAAUCUAGCCACUUAUAGGGAGGGGUACAACGUGUACGGCUCCGAGGGGGUCAAGAUAUAGGGCUGUCUUUUUCUGAAGCCAUGCGGAACAAGGCCCGUCUUUCCAUCACAGGAAGUGUGGGGGAGAAUGGCCGCGUCUUGACGCCAGAUUGCCCCAAAGCCGUGCAUGCUGGCCACGCCCCUCUCCGACACCCUGGCCUUGCAGUGGUCUCCUCUGGACUGCCCUGAAAACCAAAAACACCUGCCGUGCCUUAACGACACACCAACAUACAGACUGGGACAAAGACACACACACACACACACACACACACACACACACACACACACACGGACACGGACACAUGUGCUUACAUACAAUCGCACACAUGCCAUUAUCAUGCAUAGAAACACACACACACAUGAAGACAUGAAUACAAUUUCAGAUACUUAAAUGCAAAUACUUCUAUAAAAAAGUGAACACACAGACACACAGUGCACAUCCUCAUCUCACUCUCCUGCUGCCAUUGACUUCUUUUCCAAGAGACAAGAGAAAUACAACUGUGGAGAGAAGAGUGGAUUUAAAAAAAAAAAAAAAAAACGUAACAAAGGACAUCUCUGACUCUCACACUUGCCUGCAGCAGCCAUAUAAUUAUUUCCGGAGAGGAAAUCCUCCUGAUAUCGUCAUACCUUCAGAAAGCCAGCACAGACUGACAUGAAAUGAACUUUGAGCUGUGAACAUGACCAUCUACCUGAUCAUGAUGAUGAUAGUGAUAAAGAUGAUGAUCACAGCCGACAGUAUAUAUAAAGAAAAUACAACCAAACAGUUCUGCUCCUGCUCUGUCGUCAUUUGGACGAUGUUGGCCAGUAUGCCACACCCCUUGACAACGCCUUACUAAGACUCCAAAACAUUGUUUUCAUCAUCAUCAUCAUCAUGGUCAUCUUUACUUGCCUGCAAAGACUGAGUGCCAGGUUUUAUCACCCUUAGAAGACCAGAAAACUGUAACCUUGAACGUUCAGACUGUGCAAACCCACUCCUUUUUCUUUUUGCCAUGGACUGUUCGAAUUGAAUGAAAAAUUGCUUUCUUCUUACGCAUAGAGAAUGAUUUCUCGCCCCAUUCUGGUGAGAUAAUCACGCCGGUAUAGAACAGAAGUAACCUCCCAAACACUUACGUGCGGUUGAUCUCGGCUGCAGAACUCACGGGGUUUGUAAAAGAAAAGAAAAAAACACUGUAGUAAUUCAAGAAGUCCUUCAUCAACAGCAUCUUCAUGGCAGUAGAUAUGCUAAAUAGCAUAGAGGUAAAGGCGAGGUUUAAACUGUAUAUUCAGUUGUGGGAAAUAAAAAAUACGACACAUGAGCAGAUCUCAUAUGACUACCUAACAAAGUGCUUCUCAACCUCACACCGGGACCUUAUAGACUGCAAAGCGAAUGAUUGGAGAGAGAAACAAGGUAUCUGGGAUAGCAAAAAUUCUGCCUCUAUGUCUGCGUGAAUGAAGAUACAAAUUUCCAGACACUAAAAAAAGCAAAACAAAUCAAAGUACUUUAAAACAAGGGUGGUAGAAAAGGUUGAGAACCGCCGGCCACAUGCUCUGUGCACUUCCACUCUACUUGAAGACCUUUAGAUUCAGCUUUCAGUUUCUGAAAAAGUAACGAGUCUUACGGGCAGUUUGGUCGUCAUGUGAGAUCCUCAUUCUUUUUUCCAGCGUUUGGAGAAAGGUCCCAUUAUCAGAAAAGCUUGCUUUUUAAAACUGUUGUAAAUAACUGCGUAGCAAAACAGAACUCACCUGUUUUUUUUUUUCAUCAUCUUAGAUAACAAUUCAUUGCAAUAAUGAAUAUAAAAGAAAAAAAUGCCACUACUUGUAAUUAAGAUCAGAUCUUUUUUUAUAAAUCUACAUAUUAUAUAUAAUACAAAUGAAUAUAUAUCUAUACGUCUAUAGAGAGCUAUAGAAGACAUUGAUCACAGAUUGUCAGAGGCCAUGGCAUACAUUCUGUUAUAUGGCUGUUUUUGUUUUCUUUUGAUAACUUGAGAAUAUUAAUAAGCCACUGUCUUUGUGCGUUCAGCUCAACACUGAAUGUCCAUCUGGUACUCACAUGGACACACACGUACGAUGGAAAGGCACGCACACACAUUGUUGCAUACACAGGGUCAGCUCAGAGUGAUUGCUUCAGCACCAUGAGACGUUUGGGCGAUUUUUUUAUUUAUUUUCCGCCUGUUUGUCUGUUUUUUCACAAGUAGUUCUUCACUGUUUGUCACUGUCCAACUGUUGUUUUUACUCCUGUAAUCUUCUGUCUGUGAAUUCUACAUGCCCUCUGGAACAGCAUGCAGAUUACAGUCUUCAACACUUGGAGGCCAGAACACUUUCAGGGUGGCCUCAGGACAGGAGGGGGGGCCAUUGUGGCUUCAGUGCAGUAGGAAAACAGAGCGGCCUGACAUUUGGAGAGUGUAGCAUUUGUGUUGCAUUUCCUCAUCGCCUCAGUGCUUUUUGUUAUUUGUCUUCUCACCAGAUGCGAGGCUGCCACACAGUGAAAUCCAACAUGAUCAAAAGCCACAGAUUGAAGAUAGAAGCUAAAGAUUGGACUCAUAAUUGAGCCGGGUAUGCACUUUUUUUUGUGGACAUAAUUGGAUCCAUUCGAUUCUAAAAAGUAGAAUUAGUAAUAUACCAUAUGGCUGCCUGUUUUGGCACAUCCUUUUGCUGCCAGCCUUUGGGAGAGAAAAAUGUUCUUGCAUUAAUAUCGGAGAAAAACAAUUAGCAAAAGAAGAAAGGUUUUCUAUGGACAUUGGUGCAAUUUUACUCCUUUUGUUGCAAUACAAUUAAGCAUGCACAGAGAUUGUGCCAUACAACAUAUGAGGAUUAAUUCUUCCUUAUUGUCUUUUUUUAAUUAUGAUUCAAUUUUCAUUGUGACCUUCCUACUGUCUCUAAAAUCCUUCUUGCUCUUUUUCUUGUUUUGUAUUCCCCCUUUCCUUUCUUAUUGCUUCUGUCUCCCCUUCUGCCCCCCUAUGAGACAGAACUCUGUACAAAGUGCAUCUCAGCAAUGACAAGUUACUUUUCUGCCCUAUUACACUGCAAAAAUAAUGGGAUAGCUGCUUUGAAUUCUGGACCCGGGACACCAACUGACAAUCUGAGCUUCAUCUGGUUCUCUUUUCUGAACAUUGCAAAGCGUUUUACUUUGUAACCAUUAACAUUUUGCAAAACAAAAAAAAAACACGGAAGAACUUCAACUUCUUUGAUAAACUCUCACACACACACACACACACUUAGAGACACACACCUCCAAUGCAUCAGUUCUGCAUCAAAUGUGUUCAGGUUAAACUCCAUAUAAAUUUUAUUAUCUUAAAACAACAAGUGUCUCUUUAUGGCUGAAUGGAAUAAGGGAGACUGUUUCCAAUCACCUCUUCUUAGCUCUUGGGGUCAGUGCAGCAGAACUGCAGUAAUCCAGCUUCAGAGAAAUAGUGCAAAUAGUGGAUUUAGAGCUAAAUUACUUUUGUCGAGACAGAUACCACUGAUUUAACUAUCAGGACACCCACACACCUGGAAGUUCAACUUUACAAGAUACUGUUGUGUUGUUGUUUCUCGCCUCCUCCAGAACAUUAGAUUUCAUGCAGUGACGGCGAAAAGCUGACCGCUGGGCUGUCAACACUCUGGCUUUAACACACUGUUUUUUUAUUUCUUGAUUUCUGUCUUUCCAUUUGGUUUCUUUUUCUAGUAAAACAUCAAUGCUAAA